AUGCUUCCUCUAGACCAGGCAAACAGCUUCUCUCUCGUGGAGGUCCUCGUUUGCGGAGGCGCCAAUGAGGCUGCGUUCCUCGACCCCGACGCCCGGUACCCCGCUUCCCAAACCUGCGGGCAAAUCGAUGUGGGAGCUAAACAGCCCGAGUGGGUCAUGGAAGACAUGCCAGUGCGGCGCACCAUGGGCGACAUGGUUAAUUUGCCCGACGGGGAUGUGCUGAUCAUCAAUGGAGCGGACAAGGGCUCUCAAGGAAACAGGUUCACAGUGCUGGCCGCGGCCUCCAUUCCUCGAGUCUACCACUCCACAGCCAAUCUGCUCUCCGACGGAAGAGAUCUGGUGGCCGGAAGCAACACCCACGCGUAUUACGAACUCAACGGCCUCUUCCCCACGGAGCUCAGGGUUGAAGCCUACUCACCCGCAUACCUCGCAGCCAAUAAGAACAACAUCCGGCCCAUGUACGCGUACGCCUCAGGAAGCAUUCGGUACGGCCGGACCUUCACAAUGACGUUCAUGGUGGAGAGACUGCAAGGCGCCUUUGAGGUGAACAUGCUCAGCGCUCCUUUCGCUACGCACUCGUACUCCAUGGGACAGAGAAUGCUGAAACUGAAGGUGACGGAGGCAGUGUUAGACGAUGGUGGCAUCUACUCUAUCACCGUCACCGCUCCUCCCAACGCCAACGUGGCUCCCCCGAGCUAUUACAUGCUCUUCCCUGUCCAAGACGGUGUUCCCGGAAGGGCCAUCUGGGUCCGCAUGAGAUAGCCCGGCAUACAAUCUGCGUAUCG